AUUAGUAAUUAUUAAAAAAAUGAAAAGAAAAAAAAUGUAAUAUCUAUUUCGAAUCUUAAACCGCUAAAAUUUUCCUACUCGAUCUCUCUCUCUCCGGCUCCGUCGCUCCUUCAUCUACAGCCCCGCCGCCGACGGCUCUGUCUCCCUCACCUCAGUCCGUGCGUCCGUCCUAGUCCCACCCAAGACCCAAUCUCGAGUGCUCGACGGCGGCGAGUCGCGAUAAAGCUUCAAGCUCUGACAGUCAGGAUCAGAAUAAGAACUCAGAAAGUUGAUAUUAUUAUAUUGGGAUGGCAACACUAAGAAGUUUGAAGAUCAAAACAAGUACUUGUAAACGCCUAGUGAAAGAGCUUCAUUCUUAUGAGAAAGAGGUCGAGAGUGAGGCUGCCAAGACUGCCAAGAUGAAGGAGAAUGGAGCUGACCCUUAUGAUCUGAAGCAACAGGAAAAUGUGUUGGGAGAAUCAAGGAUGAUGAUUCCUGAUUGUAGAAAGCGGCUCGAGUCAUCCUUAGCCGAGCUUAAAGCUACUCUAGCAGAGUUAGAAGAGUUGAAUCAGAAGGAAGGUACAGAAAUUGAAGAGGCUCGAACCACUAUUUCGCAAGUUGAGAACUUGUUUCCAACAAGCUCAACUUCUGAAUCUUGAAGUCUCGCGCUGCGGAUUUGGGGUAUUGGUUUUGAAUUUUCCUUAGGUUGAUUUAGAUGAACUUAGUGUUUCUACCUAUUUGGCUAUUGAACUUGUGUCUUCAAAUUACCAAAUCUGAGGUUUCUAUGUUGGAAGUUGGAAUGAAUUUAUUUUCCAUUUGCCAAUUGUGUUCAAAUUUUGGAUUUGUUGAAGUGCAUUGCAACAUUGGAUUACUUUAC